AUGCUCCGCAACCGAUUCUUAGGCGGUGCUCGGUCGCCAGUGCAGCCGUUGCUAGCACUCUCUCGCGCCCAUGCGCGGACAGCAAACACUCGGACGGCCUACACAUUGAGCCAGACGAGGUACAUUGGCUCACCCACGCUGUCAACACUUUCGACCACGACCAACUCUCUACGGCAGCCAAUCCCGCCCUUGCCGGUCCGGCGCAGUCAGCCUCCCCUCCAACGGGGCUAUCAGACCCAGCCUAGCUUCGAACCGCUCCGGCCCCCUUCGCCAGAGUCCCUGGGCAAGCCGAAAGUCGCGCGCGAGUACAAGCGAAGCCGCAAAUGGGGUCGCCGACUCCUGACCUUGCUCGUGAUCGGCGGCACGAUCUAUGCCGUCGACAGCACGCUCUUUGCCUCGGGCCUCGGCCGGUCACUGCGAACCUUCUCUUUGGGACUGCUGGUAGCCCUCGACUACAAGCUCAACUUCCGGCCCGAGCCACUGACUGGUGGCACUAUUGACGACCUCCAUCGGCGCAGCGCAGAGCGUCUCUUUGAUCUCCUACGGCACAACGGCGGCCUGUAUCUGAAGCUCGGUCAGGCCAUUGCCAUGCAGUCCGCCGUCCUGCCGCCCGAAUUCCAGCGCAUGUUUGCGCGGAUGUUUGACGAUGCGCCGCAGGUUGACUGGGCUGGAGUGGAAAAGGUCAUUCGCCAGGACUUUGGGGGCAAGACGCCCGAGGAAGUGUUCGGCGUCAGCUUCACCGGAGAGGAAGGCAAAGGCCUGAUGGAGCGAAAGGCUAGAGCCAGUGCCAGCGUCGCGCAGGUCCAUUGGGCCCGGCUGCCAGACGGCCGGGAGGUUGCGGUCAAGAUCCAAAAGCCCGAGAUUGCGUCUCAGGUUGGCUGGGAUUUGUGGGCUUUCAAGGUCGUCAUGAAGGUAUAUACCUGGUGGUUCGACCUUCCACUGUACAGCGUGGUGCCGUUCAUGACGGAGCGGCUCAUGCUCGAGACCGACUUUGAGUCUGAGGCGAGGAACUCGGAGACGAUGCGUGGGCUGGUCAACGCCGAGCCCGGCCUACGCGGCAGAGUUUACAUCCCCCAGAUCUACCCGGAGUUUACCACGAAACGCGUGCUCGUCACGGAGUGGAUCGAGGGGGUCCGGCUCUGGGACAAGGCCGGCGCCACGAACAGAUGGAUAGGCGGUUAUGGGCAGGGCUCCGCGGGAAUCCACGGCGCCAAGCUGGACUUCUCGGCAGCCGACCUGGCUGCGGCGCGGCGGGAGCUGCGCGAGAAUCCGCACCGGGAGAAGCUCAAGCCGGAGCGGGAGUCGUGGCGGGGCCGCAACGGCAAAGCCGGCCUGGGACUGUCAAGUAAGGACGUCAUGACGACCAUGGUCGACCUCUUCUCGGCGCAGAUAUACAAGUGGGGAGUCGUGCACUGCGAUCCGCACCCGGGAAACAUCUUUAUCCGGCGCCUACCCUCCGGCAAGCCGGAGCUUGUCCUGAUCGACCACGGCCUGUACCUGUACCUCACGCCCAAGUUCCGGCAGCAGUACAGCCUGUUUUGGAAGUCGCUCAUGACCUUGGACAAUGCGACCAUUGCCGACAUCGCCAAGGACUGGGGCAUCAACGCGCCCGAGCUGUUCGCCAGCGCCACGCUCCUGAAGCCGUACGAGGGCGGCGACGAGUCGACGCGGAAGCAGCUGGUCUCGGAGCUGUCCGAGAAGGACGCCAAGAAGCGCCAGUUCGACAUGCAGCAGCGCAUGAAGUCCGGGCUCAAGGACUUUUUGUCGGACGAGGACAAGUGGCCCAAGGAGCUCAUCUUCAUCGGGCGCAACAUGCGCAUCGUGCAGGGCAACAACCAGUUCAUGGGCAGCCCCGUGAACCGCGUCAAGAUGAUGGGCAACUGGGCCAGCCGGUCGCUGUUCCAGGACCCGAGCCUCUCGUGGCGCGAGCGGGCGCUCAAUGCGUGCCGGCAUCUCGUCUUCAAGACCGUCCUGCUCGCCACCGACUUCGCCUUCUACUGGGCGCGGGUGAGGCAGUGGCUCGGUCUGGGAAUGGGGUUCGAGGACGAGAUGGAGGCGAGGAUGAAGGAUGUCGCCAAGGACUAUGGGGUUGACCUGCAGCACAACGUCUUUGAUGGGUGA